UUACGGCACGAUGGUCGCACAAGAAUGUGAUAGAGGCUCCGCGGCCGCCAUUUUCUUCCUUUCUUAGCAGUUGGCUGAGAGGAGGUCUGUGUGGAGAGCGGUAGCGGCCACAGUAGGGUAGAGAUGGCAGACUAUUCAACAGUCCCUCCACCCUCCUCUGGCUCAGCCGGCGGCGGAGGCGGCGGCGGCGGCGGCGGAGGCGUUAACGAUGCUUUCAAAGAUGCGCUGCAGAGAGCCCGGCAGGUAAGCCGGGGCCGCGCGGCGGGAUCCCGACGGCUCACGAUUGCAGCAAAAAUUGGAGGUGAUGCUGGUACAUCACUGAAUUCAAAUGACUAUGGUUAUGGGGGACAAAAAAGACCUUUGGAAGAUGGAGAUGGCUCUUGGACAAGUCCGAGCAGUACAACACACUGGGAGGGAAUGCCCUCUCCUUUUAAAGAUCAACCAGAUGCUAAGAAAGUUGCUCCUCAAAAUGACUCUUUUGGGACGCAGUUACCACCGAUGCAUCAGCAGCAAAGCAGGUCUGUAAUGACUGAAGAAUACAAAGUUCCAGAUGGGAUGGUUGGAUUUAUUAUUGGCAGAGGAGGUGAACAAAUCUCACGUAUACAGCAGGAAUCUGGAUGCAAAAUACAGAUUGCUCCUGACAGUGGUGGCCUUCCAGAAAGGUCUUGUAUGUUAACUGGAACACCUGAGUCUGUCCAGUCAGCAAAACGAUUACUGGACCAGAUAGUUGAAAAAGGAAGACCAGCCCCUGGCUUCCAUCAUGGUGAUGGACCAGGAAAUGCAGUUCAAGAAAUAAUGAUUCCAGCUAGCAAAGCUGGAUUAGUUAUUGGAAAGGGGGGAGAGACUAUUAAACAACUUCAGGAACGGGCUGGAGUUAAAAUGGUUAUGAUUCAAGAUGGACCUCAGAACACUGGUGCUGACAAACCUCUUAGGAUUACCGGAGAUCCAUACAAAGUUCAACAAGCCAAGGAAAUGGUGUUAGAGUUAAUUCGUGAUCAAGGUGGUUUCAGAGAAGUUCGAAAUGAGUAUGGGUCAAGAAUUGGAGGAAAUGAAGGGAUAGAUGUCCCCAUUCCAAGAUUCGCUGUUGGCAUUGUAAUAGGAAGAAAUGGAGAGAUGAUUAAAAAAAUACAAAAUGAUGCUGGUGUUCGAAUUCAGUUUAAGCCAGAUGAUGGAACAACACCUGACAGGAUAGCACAAAUAACAGGACCUCCAGACCGAUGUCAACAUGCUGCAGAAAUUAUUACAGACCUUCUUAGAAGUGUUCAGGCUGGUAAUCCUGGUGGACCUGGACCUGGUGGUCGAGGGAGAGGUAGAGGUCAGGGCAACUGGAACAUGGGACCACCUGGUGGACUUCAAGAAUUUAAUUUCAUUGUACCAACUGGGAAAACUGGAUUAAUAAUAGGAAAAGGAGGUGAAACCAUAAAAAGCAUAAGCCAACAGUCUGGUGCAAGAAUAGAACUUCAGAGAAAUCCUCCACCUAAUGCAGAUCCUAAUAUGAAGUUAUUUACAAUUCGUGGAACGCCACAGCAAAUAGACUAUGCUCGGCAACUCAUAGAAGAAAAGAUUGGUGGCCCAGUAAAUCCUUUAGGGCCACCUGUACCCCAUGGGCCCCAUGGUGUCCCAGGGCCCCAUGGGCCUCCUGGGCCUCCUGGGCCUGGAGCUCCAAUGGGACCAUACAACCCUGCACCUUAUAAUCCAGGACCACCUGGCCCUGCUCCUCAUGGUCCUCCAGCCCCUUACGCUCCCCAGGGGUGGGGAAAUGCAUAUCCACACUGGCAGCAACAGGCCCCUCCUGAUCCAGCUAAGGCAGGAACUGAUCCAAAUUCCGCAGCUUGGGCUGCGUAUUAUGCUCACUAUUACCAACAGCAAGCACAGCCACCACCUGCUGCUCCCACUGGUGCACCAACUACAGCCCAAACCAAUGGACAAGGUAACUAUGGUGAUCAACAGAAUCCAGCUCCAGCUGGACAGGUUGAUUAUACCAAGGCUUGGGAAGAGUACUACAAGAAAAUGGGUCAAGCUGUUCCUGCUCCUACUGGUGCUCCACCGGGCGGUCAGCCAGAUUACAGUGCAGCCUGGGCUGAAUACUAUAGACAACAAGCAGCCUACUAUGCCCAGACAAGUCCCCAGGGAAUGCCGCAGCAUCCUCCAGCACCUCAGUGCCUUCCCAGACCUUCCACCUUAGGUUCUGCUGCAAAAAGCAACAGUGCUGAAGAUGCUGCAAGCACCAAAUCAUAGCUCAUAAAAUCAGGUCCUGAGAUAGUUACCCAUAAAGAGGAAUCCUUUGAGUGUAUGCCAUUGGUGAGCCGAUGAGCAUGGACCAUAGAAGGGCUCAAUGUAGAAGGUAAAAUUGGCGAAUCAUAAUUGAGAAAUAUGAAAUGUAUUCCCAUACAUAAUAUGGUAUAGGGUAUAAUGUACCUGCUUUUGAUCACUUCAUUUUAAAGUGCUAUUCACUUGCUCUUAAAUGUUCCGUGAACUGUUAAGUUUCAUAAGUUAUGUAGUUAUUGCACCACAUUUGUGUGUAUGUGCGCGUGCGUGUGUGUGUGUGUGUGUGUGUGUGUGUGUGUGUGUGUGUGAGUGUUUGAUAGUCAAUGAUAGGUAUGUUAAGAUAAUAUAAAGGAGCUCUUUGAACUUUCAGAGAUUGUCAAGUUUGGGUUAGCUGUAGCUUGCGUUUUUACAAAAGAAAAUAUAGAUGAAUGCUAAUAGAUAUUGGGGCAUUGUUUCUGUCUUAUGAGAAAUUUUUGUCAUUACCAUAAGCCUUCACUAAUACUGCAAGCAUUUUUUUAAUGGCGCUAAUCUUAACCUUGAAAUUAAUGCAAAGCAGAAAAGGUGAGCCAGUUGGUUUGAAUGCAAUGGGUGUUAGGAGUGGUAGAAACAAUGUUUAGUUUAGAUUGGAAUUGAACUGACUUUUGAACUGACUUAUUUUAUUUUGCACUUAAAUUUUGAAAGUGUUUUUUUUUUUUUAAAGAUAUGUUAGUGUGAUACUUAGAAUUCUUAUGUUUUGAUGUUUCUUUUAGAAAUGAGAAGUAUGCUUUUAUUUUUAAUAAAUGGUUAGAACUAGUCAUUUAAUACUAGUUGUUUAUAGACAUUGUAAAAUAUAUCCUUAGACAAAUACCUUGGUAGUUAAUUCAGAAGGGUGGGUUUGGGUAGGAGUAGCAGAGUACCUUAAGAGAGAAAGAGGAAAAUACGCAGAAGGGAUAACAUUUCAUUUGUGUGAAUACUCUGCCAAGAGAAUCAGUUCUAUCUGCACAGUUGUCUGUUGUCUAGAAUAGGGGUAUAGAAAUUAGUAAUCAAUGAGGAUGUCUUAUUUUUAGUUCUUGAAAAUUCUGCCUCAUUUUAAAGUGUAUUUUAACAAUACCUAAAAGAUAAUUUUGACUCUGAAAAUAACCUUAUUUUUUGCUUAGUCACUUGAGUUUUAUUGCCACGUAUAAACUUCUGAGGGAUUUUUUACAUUGGUGUUUCUAAGAAGCAAAUAAAUCCCAGGGUUUUAUUUUCUUCAUUUAUACCCCUAUAGAAACUCUUAAAUGUACUUGCACAUAUAUAUAUUUUUUCUUAUGCAUGCUCGAUGCAUUUUCGUCCUGAGAAAAGUGUUCUCUACAGAAACUACCCGUGUGUAAAAAGAAGAUUGGCUUAAAAUGGCUACUGUGAUGGGAACAGUGUCUUAGGGAGAUGCAGCUUGGACUGGAGGUAAAUUGAAUACUUUACAAACUGUGGUUUAGAGUUUGCUUUAAUGACAUUGUAUGUAAAAGGACACAUGAUUGCUGUAAUUUUGUAUUAUGGUUUCCUCAAUAAAAAAAUAAAUGUACAUUGAUGAAUAUUAUAA